AUGGGCAUCCUUCAGCUAAAGGACUCCAUGGUUGAUUCUUGGGUACAAGGCCAGAACUCUCUGAGAGGCAAAAACAUUUUUGAUCAGUUUUUUGCUUCAAGCUUCUACAUGGGCAACUUGGCUGCUGAUCUAGAGAGGGAGAAUAGAGAGUUGAAGAAUCAAUUAAGAGCCCUAAAGGCACCCUCCCCUGCUCCGGGCAAUGAGGUCACCCAACUCCAAGAGAAGGUAAGUUCUCCAGCCAAUCCGAUGACCCUUUUGGAGAAGGAUUUGCAGCAUCAUCGCCAAAUGUUAGGGGUUAAAGAAGAAGAGAAAAAGACUCUAGAGUUGCAAAUACAGAGUCUGUCCUCUCAGUUGAGUGUUGAAGUAGCCCAGAAAAAUAAGGCUAUUUCAAAUGUUGUUCUCAGAUCUUCUAUCCAAGAACAAUUUCAAACUUCUGUCUCUAGGUCUCCAGAUUCAGCUCAAGAGUUGGCCUCUCAGAAUUUUGAGAUAUUGCAGUUACAAGAGAGAUUGAAAGCUCAAGAUUCAAAAAUAGACUUCCUCACUAAAGAGUUAGAGCAUCUUAAAACUGAAAAGGCCAGUUUCCAAGAGAAAGCAAAACGCCUUGAGUCAAAAUUAUAG